GUGUGGAUAGAGGCUGGUGUCAGGCAAGGGAGCUGCAAAACAGUUGAAGAACCCCAAAGGUCAGGUAGGCAACAGUGCUUGAAAUCGGGCCUCAUCCUCCACCUCCUGAGGACAAAAUGUGCUACCAUUUCCCAUGUGAAAUCCCUUCCCUUUCCCCUCUGCUGAGCUUCUCCUGUUUCCUUUCAGUCAUGGCCAGAGCUCUGGCUCCUGUGGAGGCAGGCGACAGUGCUGUGUACAGACCUUUCCCAGCCCACGAUGAGCUGGUGGAUGUGCUGGAGCAGCUUGACUUCGUGGUGAGGAGCCUGUCAGAGCUGAGGAAAGAAGUGGAGGAGCUACGGAGCAGCCUGCAGAGCCUAGCUGCAGAAAUCGUCUGUGAGGUCAGGUCUCACCUGGAAGAAACCCAGAAGGUUUCUCGCCGGAGGCGCUUUCCCUUUCCCAGAGAAAGAAGCGAUUCCACGUGCUCCAGUUCCAUUUAUUUCACAGCCAGCUCAGGAGCAGCCAACACGGACGAUGGGGAAAGUGAAGGAGGGUACAGCACAGCCAACGCUGAGUCUGAUUACGACCGGGAGUCUGAGAAAGACAGCGAGGAAGGGGAAGAUGAAGUGAGCUGUGAAACAGUGAGAACUGCACGACGGGAUUCCCUGGAUCUUGUCAACGAGGAUGAAACCCAUUUAGUCCUGGAUUCCUUCCUGGAGGAAGGGCUGGAGCAGCUCCUGCAGCAGGCUGACCGCUUGCACAGCGGGGAUGAGCAGGAGAAGAGAGAGGGGUUCCAGCUGCUGCUCAACAAUAAGCUGGCGUAUGCAGAGCAGAAGGACUUCCUCUGGCGCCUGGCCCGGGCACACAGUGAUAUGUGUGAACUCACAGACGACGCAGAUGAGAAGAGAUCCUACGCAGCUGAUGGCAAAGAAGAGCUGGAAAUCGCCUUACAGAAAGGGGACCAAAGUGCUGAGUGCCACCAGUGGUAUGCUAUUCUCUGCGGGCAGCUGUCAGAACAUGAGAGUAUCCAGAAGCGCAUUCAAACUGGAUAUGUGUUUAAGGAACACAUCGAUAAAGCAAUUGAACUGAAACCAGAGGAUCCACAGUCUUACUAUCUUCUGGGGAGGUGGUGUUACCAGGUUUCACACCUGGGAUGGCUUGAGAAGAAGACAGCUUCUGCUCUGUUUGAAGCUCCUCCAACAGCCACUGUACAGGACGCGCUGCAGAACUUCUUACGGGUUGAGGAGCUGAGCCCAGGAUAUUCCAAGGCAGGAAGAAUGUACAUUUCCAAGUGUUACAGGGACCUGGGGAACAAAGCCGCAGCCGUUCUCUGGAUGAACCUGGCUUCGGAGCUGCCGGUGAACACAAAAGAGGAUGCAGAGAGCGAGAGAGACCUUGAAGAGAUGCGCUCCGCCUGGGAAGAGUGAAUGUGGAAAAGUCACCCCACUUGGUACUGCACAGACGGGAAAACCCCAGUCAGAGGGGUUCCAUGAUCCCGACCUUCCCUUCAUGGAGAAGCCACCGGAGUUUAUGGGAAGAGCCAUGCAGCAGCCUCCCCAGGAGGAGCUCGUGGUGGGAUGUACUGGGAUCAACUUGUGUUCGUUUCCUUCUUACAGCACUG